UCCAAUCGUUUUUUUUUUUUUGUGUAAUAAAAUAUUAAAAUUCCAAUCGUUGAGUGGGAGAGAACGUUAUUCCUUCCCCUCGAUUCUUCUUUUCUGUCGUGGAGAACCAACGAAAAGGAAAGCCGAAAGAGCGACGAUCAUGGGAAACGCCGGAAGCAUCAACCGGCGGCAACAUCACCACCACCACCACAACCAUCACCCCUCGCACCACCACCAGCAUUCCAAUCGCCGCCACCAUCCUCCUCCACCGCCGCCGCCUCAGGUCACCACAAGCCAAUACGUCUUCGCCGCUCCGUCUCAGUACCCGAACCCUAAUUUGCCGCCACCGCCUCCCUACUAUCCCCACCACCACCACCGCCAUCCUCCUCCUCAAUCUCAUCACGGCUAUUACCCCCCGCCGCCGCCGCCACCUCAGCUCCCCGCUCCCCUUCCGGCCGCGCCGUACGUCGAGCACCAGAAGGCCGUCACGAUCAGGAACGACGUCAACGUCAAGAAGGAGACGAUUCGGAUCGAGGAGGAUGAGGAGAAUCCCGGUAGCUUCCUCGUCGCGUUCACCUUCGACGCCACCGCUCCCUGCAGCAUUACGGUGCUGUUCUUUGCGAAGGAGAGCGAGGACUGCAAUCUCGUAGCGACGAGGGAAGACGUGUUCGAGCCGGUGACAAUGUCGUUCGAGCAAGGCCUGGGGCAGAAGUUCAAGCAACCUUGUGGGACUGGAAUCGAUUUCUCGAAAUUCGACGAGGUGCAGCUGAAGAAGGCGGGCGAUGAAGGGGUCUACCCUUUGGUGCUGAAGGCUGAGGCUCGCCUGUCGCCGGCCACCAACGAGGGGUCAAAAGCUAGUAGCAAGAAUGGCAAUUCGCAGAUCACAUUGGCCAUCUUUGAUUGGAAGGAGAAAGGCGAUGGUUACCGUGUUAGAGUAAUGAAGCAGAUUCUGUGGGUGAGCGAUACGAGAUACGAGUUGCAGGAGAUUUAUGGGAUUGGGAAUUCCGUGGAGGUCGAGUCCGAUGGCGAUGAGAGUGGGAAAGAAUGUGUUAUCUGCUUGACUGAACCUCGUGACACCACGGUCCUACCUUGCCGUCACAUGUGCAUGUGCAGUGGAUGCGCGAAGCUGUUGCAGUUCCAGACGACAAAGUGCCCAAUAUGCAGGCAACCGGUGGAGCGGUUCCUGGAGAUCAAAGUGAAUGAUGUCGUGCCAGAGAGUUGA